AUGGCGCUUCAGAUACCCCCUCUACAACCUGAGUUGGCAGCUCUUCUCGAAGAUGUUGCUGACAGCAAGAAGAACCAGCAGCUGGUAGCACUUGCCUGGCGCGAGAAGCUCUUGCCUGGCCUCCAAACCCACCUAGCCGCCAUGGUGGACGUCUCGUUGUCACAAGGCGAGCAGUUCAGCGUACGACCAGAGGGAGUAGACCUCCAGAAGUCGAUCGUGGGUGUCCACAAGAGAAUCACAGAUCAUAUCCUGGACAAUUUCACCCAGCUGCCGCCCUUCACGUUGCCUCGUUUGGCCGAAGUGUUGUUGCGGCCCCAAAACGAAGGCUAUUUGUUGGGCAACAACGUGGCGGUACUCAAGUACUUCAAUGCGUUGGCCAAACUCGUGUUGGUGUCGUCGGGAAUCGAAGACUUCCCGCCCAUCACGUUCCUGGAACCCAGUCAGACCCGAGAAAUUAUGGAGCCUAUACGAACGAGCCAGACAGCCGUGAGCAUUCCAUUGGUGGAAAUUCCGUGGUUGAAACAGGAGGAAAACGACACAGUUGGCGAAAAGGACGAAAACGGGACAGACAAGCAGGAGGUGGCGCCUGAGACCAAACAAGAACCCGAUAUGGGCCCUGUGCCCACCAUUUCUCCUCCGGAUCCAACACUCCUGGAUGAGCUGGGAAUAGUGAAACACGAGGUACCGAAGUCGCCAAGACGGAGACGCAACCAGGAGACAGAGACCUUGGACAGCUUGGACUUGGGACAAAGCAACGGCUCGAAAAAGGCCAGGACAGAUGGCAAAAAGAGUCCCACCACCCCAUCCAAGACAUUACUAUCUGACGAGGAGAACGAUAGAAUGGACCUAUCAAAUACCGUGGGUGAUGAUUCUCUCACAUUGACCUCACCAAAUCCACCCACCAACCCGAACGACUUAUUGAGCGACUCGCCAUUGCAACACCGUGAUCAAACCAUGGAAGACACUUGA